GAGCAGGAGGAAGAGGAGCAGGUAAAAGGGAAGACACUCUAGGACAGAGUGUGUUGGAGGGCAGCAUACUGUAGCAUACUGCUGUGCCGUGAUUUUGGGCUGAGCAUGGGAGCGGCAGGACCAAGAGGCGAAGGGGACACAGUGACGACACAAAGUGAUUUGGUGCCUGAUCAAUAAAAGGUAUAUUAGUUCAGAAGCUGGAGGUGGGGGGCUUAUUAAGCAGCGGUGCUUUGCAGAACUGACUGCACGCAGACUCUUCUGAGUUUGAAUUCUACCACCAUGGAAUUUAAAAUAUGAAGACCAAGUCACUUCAAACCUGAAGGACCUAGGAGGACAUAAAACAGAAGGUGAAAAACUAGCUCCUUUAAUUAUGAUUGAACAAGGACUGAACAACAUCAAAGGACUCAAUAUAAAUCAAGUCAUCUUUCAGCGGGAUCAAACAAAACUCAGAUGGACAUAAUGGUGUGGAAACUGCAGCUUUCUUGAAUUAUUAUACUUUUGAGUCAGUCAGAAAAGGGAUGGGGAGGCGAAUGGCUGAUCUGACAACUCCAGUUCCAGUUUUAGGUGUCCCUGCCUUGGUUGGAGUGUGUGGCUGGAAGACAACGGAAGGAGACAAAUCAGGGGUAACCCUGCUGCAGAAAUGGGGACUUCAGUGCAGUGUUGGUAUUCAGACAUCCCCAGGGAUAAGCAGACCAUCUACCCAGGACAGUGUAAAGCAUAGUGAUACACUUGCUAUCCUGUCAGACAGUAUUACUCAGACAUCCAACAGUUCUAUUACCAAGGAAACAGAGUACAAGAAGAUAUCACUGCUAACAAAAAGUGACAAGGAGAAAAUGGCUAUUUUAAAACAGAAAAGUGAAGAAUCCAAGACCAAAAAAGAGAUUACAUUCAGAGAACUUGGAAGUGAGACCUCUAAGGAUGAGGCCGGCAGUAAGAGGAAUGCCACUAGGACUUAUUGCUAUGCAAGGGCAAUUAAGACCAACUCACAUUUUGCAGGGAAUGCAACUAAUGUCAGACCUAAAUUGAAACCCACUGCCCGCUACACUAACGGCAGCGUGGUUGAUUCUGAGGCGACUGGUGGAAUUUGUAUUGAUAAUGAUGAAGUAGAACAUAUAAAGAAUGCAUCCUUCGGUGGAAGACAGCAAACCAGACUGCAAGAUCAUUAUGCAGAGCAGUCUGGGAAGAUGCUGCUGUUAUCUUCUGCACGACUUUUUGAUACGCCACAAACAAUAUACAGCCACUGUGGCGGGAAACAGUCUGCAACCGGAGCUGCCGCUUUGGGGAAGAAAAGCCCUACUGCCCACACUUGCCCACUAAAGUCAGCCCUCACAUCACCCUCGACUACCACACAUUUUCAGCUUCCCCACAAGCCACCCCAGCAUCAAAUACCUGAAAACAACACAAACAGAGACAACAGGAUGCACAUUACAGUCAAUCCACAAAUAUAUCUUAACAAAGAACUAAAGUACAGAAAAGCACCACAUCUGGAGUGCCCGGUACACUCUAAAGGCAAUCGGGUCACUUUGUCACAUGCACAUGCUACUGGUGAUGCAACAUCCACCCAACCCACCACCAUCCUACAUGCUAAAACUAUCACAGUCACAGAAGCAACUAUUGAAACAAGACAAGCUGAUGCCACUUUAAAAUCCUUUGUAAAACAGGUGCAAGAAAAUAAGAGCCCCCAACCAAUGAGUCUAAUAUUGACCCCACAAAUGACCACAGCUACCAAACCAAACAACCCACAUCCACACACCAAUCCUAAGCUCCCCAAGACAUCGCAACACAACUCUUCACAAUAUAAUGUGCCUCCAAAUGUAUGUGUAUCUGUGCAAGCUACACCUGAAAAUACUCUGUCACCACCUUCUCAUUUGUACAUCACAACAGCAGGACCUGGAAAAACAUCCAAUACCAACACACACAAAACAGCCACAAACUUGAAUGCUACACUGAUGUCUGCAGAAAGUAUUGCUACAAAUGUUAAUGCUCAAAAUGAAACUCUGCACUCAGUUUGUAGAGCCAGAGUAAACAUAGCAACAACUAGAACUGACAGCCCGCUGAUGACUGUGAAAUGUUCCACCUUAUCAAAAUCAGUCAAUGCACUAGACCACAUUCAUGCAUCAGAAACAACUGCCCAACCUACACCUGCAAGACAACCAUGUAUGUCACCUGAUCUUGCUCAUAAAACAAAGGAGAACCUAUCCUCAGGUGUUGAGGUUAACCCAACUGCAUUCUCCACUGUUGCUAAUAUACCACAAGUCAGCACUCUGUUCCACAUCUACAUGUAA